AUGGGUUCCUAUUCAAAAAAGAGUUCUGCCGAAUGGUUUAUCGACCAAUUAAAUGUGGAUAAUGCAAAACUUUUGGCCUUUGUUCUAGUUAUAGGAUUUAUUGGAUAUCAUGGAAUACUGCAUUUACGAUAUGGUCCUGAUUCAUGCACUUGGUUAUUAUCUUCUGGUCGAUAUAAGGGUGACCAUGAAUGGCAGCCAUAUGGGUGUAUGUUGCACAAAUAUUCUAAAACUGACGCUAGAAGAUGUUUAAGAUAUUUAGCAUUUUGGGACAAAUACAACAGUUUUGCUUUUAUAGGUGACUCGAGGGUAGAACAGUUAUAUGAGUACUUUAUUGGUGUACUCAAAACUCGUUUAGAUAUGGAUUCAUCUUAUUCAACUAUAGAUCAUAGAAUGCCCAAUUAUACUUAUGUGGAUAACAAGCUGAAACUGUCUGUCACAUUUAUAUGGAGUGAUGAUGUUUCUAGAACAAUGGUGGACCAGUUUAGAACAUGGCAAUAUUCAGACCGACCUCCCUCAGUAAUAGUGGCCAGUACCGGAUUACAGUUAAUAAAAAAUAGAAACACAACACAGCAAGUAUUAGAAGAAUAUAAAAGAAAUUUAACUCAACUUGUCCAACCGAUAGACGCUUUAUCUGCAAGAGGGACUCAAGUUCUAUGGAAGAUUCUGGAAUCUGUUGACACUUCUAAGAUGAAAAAUGAUGUGAAAAUUAGUAACAGUGAUAUCGACGCGUAUAAUAGAGCUGCUGUUGAGAUACUACAACACAGCGACACGAAGCUGUGGAACUCCCCGCGGCCGACGGACGGCGCCGCGAGCGGCCCGGCGCUUCGCCACUCGGCCCAGAUACUACUGAACAUGUUCUGCAAUGACCACAUGAACUUCAACGACGGCACCUGCUGCGCCACGCCGGAGCCCUGCACACAGAUACAGGUGGUCACCUUCGCGCUCUUCCUGUUGUGCGCAGUGUUAGCCGGCAUCCGGUAUAUAUGGCGUUGGUCACAGAAUAUAAAACAACGUAUGGAAGGGUAUGCCCUCGUCAACCAAAAGAUCAUCGAACCCCCAUCUGCCAUAAACGCCAUCGCCAAGCUUGGAAUGAUUAUGGCGUAUUUUUAUCUGUGCGAUAGAACUAAUUUCUUUAUGAAGGAAAAUAAAUAUUACUCGGAAUGGAGUUUUUGGUUGCCGGUCGGGUAUGUGUUUGCUUUGGGACUGUUCUUCACAGAUGAAUCGAGGUCUAGUAGCCAUUCAAGAGUUCUCCAUCGUGAACAAACAAAUGAAUGGAAAGGCUGGAUGCAAUUAGUUAUUUUAGUGUACCAAGUGACCGGUGCGAGUAAAGUCCUUCCCAUAUACAUGCUAGUUAGGGCACUCAUCUCUGCCUAUCUAUUUUUAACUGGAUAUGGCCAUUUCUAUUAUACAUGGAAAACCGGGGACACGGGCCUUGUGAGAUAUUUCAGAGUGAUAUUCAGAUUGAAUUUUCUAACGAUUGUGCUCUGCCUAACUAUGAAUAGACCAUAUCAGUUCUAUAGUUUUAUACCGUUGGUGUCCUUUUGGUAUACUUUGAUGUUCGCAAUCUUCGCUCUGCCCCCGCACAUAACACAGUCCUCUGCCCACACGAUAGAGACGAAGCCCUAUCAGUAUCUCUACAUAGCGCUCAAGGUUCUAGGCCUCCUCUCGAUAGUCACGGUCCUGUACAUGAGUGAAGUGUUCUUCCAGAAGAUAUUCGUGAUGAGACCAUGGAAAGCUUUGUUUGUGAAUGCCGAUGAUGAUAUACACCAGUGGUGGUUGGAUUGGAAGCAGGAUAGGUACUCAAUGGCGUACGGCAUAAUAUUCGCAACCGCAUAUCUUCUAGCACAAAGAUACAAUUUCCUAGACGAUAACAACCACAGCAAUUUAUUUACUCCCGGACUUUCUCUUAGUGCCACGUUUCUAGCCUUCAUAGGUUUAGGCAGCUACAUCACUUUUACAUUUUUCUGUUCAAACACAUUCGAUUGCAACGAAAUACAUAGUUACGUGGCUUUUCUUCCUAUUAUAAGCUAUAUUCUCCUAAGAAAUGUGUCGGGUGCCCUCAGAACUAAGCAUUCCAGUCUCUUCGCCUGGUUUGGGACUAUCACUUUAGAACUGUUCGCAAGUCAAUCCCAUAUAUGGUUAGCGGCAGAUACACAUGGUGUUCUAGUUUUGAUACCUGGAGCUCCCAUUUUAAAUCUUAUUUUAACAUCCUAUAUAUUUAUUUUCACCGCCCAUGAAAUACAUAAGUUAACUAGUAUUAUUCUUCCGUAUGCGGUGCCCGAUGAUUGGAAGUUGGUUUUGAGGAAUUUCGCCAUAUUUUUGGCUAUCUUAGUACCGAUUGGGAUACAUGAUGGUAUGUUU